AUGGGUGCGACCACUCUCAAAGCCCCAGAUGGACCUCCAUUGCCGUUCGGUGUUUACAGGAUUCAACUUUCCAAAUCAACGGAGUUAUUUCUCGACUUGCAAAAGCUCGGAAAUGAAGAUGCUCGUAUUUUGGAACUGAGCGAGGAAAAGAAUGAGAAUGGAAUCUGA